AUGGAUUUUAGCGAGUUACCGUCAAAUAUAAUAACAAGUUUGAACGAUCUAAAUGCGAAUUUGGACAUCGUCGAAAGUAAAUACAACCAAUUCUACGAUCGUUCACUAAGUGAGGAGCACGAGAAGAUGACACCUCUGGAAAAGGCCAAGUCAGAAAUUGUGGCCGCCCACACCAUCAACUCUUUAUUUUUUAUAUACCUCCAACUCAACGGCCAGGACGUGUCAAAACAUCCAAUAAAUUACGAACUAAACCGAGUCAGCAAAAGCAUUGCGAGGGUCAAGGAAAUUGAGGAUAAGCGUCUGGCCCCAAAACUCGACAUCAGUGCCAGUAAAAGAUUCGUUAAAAGUGCCCUCUGGGACAAAGAUCAGCAAGCAAAGAAACCUAAAUUAGAUGUGGAAAAGCGGCCUUAA